UGUUCGCUACCAUUUUCGAUCUCUCUCCCUAUCGCCUCGCCACUAUGCGUGCAUUAAUUGCGGAUAAUCCCACUGCGCUUUAUCGAUAGACUGCUGGUGAACUUGCAUCGAUAUCCGGAUUAUUGUGACAAUAACAAGUGCUUCGUAAAUGGGAAAAAGAGCGUAUAAUUGAGUGUUGGGAGAAAUUGGCGUGAAACAUUCAGAAGGGUUGCUUGCUCUCGUGAAGAUUAUGUUGUGCGAUAUCAAUUAUGCAAGAUAAUUCUGUAUGUGAACGACCAGAAAUAUUAAUGAUCUUAUACAAACAACAUCCUCACUGUGUGAAAUCAAGUGGUGAAAACUUUGCACAGCUCUCAGCGACAUUCUGUGGAAUAUCUUGAGAAUUGAAGGAAGAAUGUUCUCAACGUCACACUACAUGAUAUGAAUAAUUUUGUGAAAUUUCCCUCAGUUUCUGUGCUCUGCCAAGAGAAAUCCUAUACCUUUAGUGGCCUCCGUGACACCUUAAUUCAGUGUGUGUGCAUGUGAAAAUGCAACAAUAUCUUGAGGACAGACACUGCACUUGUCGCCCGAGCAAUGAUUUCAAUCAUCAUUAAGCACAUCUUCUUCGACGACAACUCCUUGGAGUGGAUUUAGCCCCAAAGUGUCUCCACGAUUGUUCCCAACAAUAUGGGAAUCAACAAUUUCCGAUCUUGGAUUUGUGUUCUUGCACUGUUGAUUGAAUUUGCAAUUCAAGUCUCCUCGUCAGGGUACUUUGAAUUGCAAAUCUUGGAAAUAUCCAACAGAGACAAUCAAUUGUUGACGGGAUAUUGUUGCGGAAUUCCGAUGGAAGUCAGAGCUUCACGAUUAAAUGGAUGCCCCUCUUGCGCCACUUCCUUUCGACUGUGCCUGAAAGAGUACCAAAGUUCGGUUCCAACUGUUAAAGGAGUGCUAAAUGGAUGCUCUUUUGGGAAUGCCAGCACAGGUGUACUGGGCGGUUCGAGCUUUGUGCUCUCCGAUCCAGAGAUCAGCUCUAUUGUACUACCAUUCUCCUUCCGAUGGACGAAAUCCUUCACUCUUAUACUGCAAGCUUUGGACUUGUACAAUGCGUCAUAUCCAGUUUCAGAACGAUUAAUUGAGGAAACAACCUUUUCCGGAGUGAUAUUCCCAUCACAAGAAUGGCACACCCUCAAUCCCAAAGGGAAGAACGCCAACAUCACCUACAGGGUUCGCGUUCAGUGUGAUCCGAAUUACUACAAUACAACGUGCACCACCUUCUGUCGGCCCAGAAACGAUAGAUUCGGCCACUACACUUGCGGCGAGAAGGGUGACAAAGUGUGCCUGACAGGGUGGCAGGGUGUUAAUUGCGAAAAGGCCAUCUGCAAGCCCGGCUGUGACCCGACUCAUGGAAAGUGCGACAAGCCUGGCGAGUGCGAGUGUCGUCCGGGAUGGCGAGGUCCUCUCUGCUCAGAGUGCAUGGUCUACCCUGGCUGUCGCCAUGGAUAUUGCAACGGCAGCCCGUGGCAGUGCAUCUGCGACACGAAUUGGGGAGGAAUUCUCUGCGACCAAGAUCUUAAUUACUGCGGCACCCAUGAGCCAUGUAUGCACGGCGGAACGUGCGAGAACACCGCACCCGAUCAGUACAGAUGCACAUGUGCCGAGGGCUUAUCUGGCGUACGAUGCGAGAUCGUGGAGCAUCCAUGUGCCACGCAGCCCUGUCGAAAUGGCGGCACGUGCACCCUCCGGGACCCAGCCAAGUACGAUGCGGCCAAGAACAUAAGCGCCGUGAAGGAUCUGCUGCCACCCACGGCGGUCACGGUGCGCAGAAUGCGCGGAAUGAGCUCGAUGGGGAAGCCCGUCAGAAGCAGAGACAUCGACAAAGACCACCUCAUCCCGCGAUCCCCGGCGAAAAGCUCUCCCGCUUCCCCUCCCGUCAGCGACUUCAUCUGCUCCUGCGCGCCAGGAUGGACAGGACCGACCUGCGAAACGAACAUCGACGAGUGCGAAGGGGGGCCCUGCGAGCACGGGGGCACAUGCAUCGACCUGGUGGGCGGAUUUCGCUGCGAGUGUCCACCUCAGUGGAGCGGUGACUUGUGUCAAGCGGGUAACUUUCCCAUGUUAAACCAAAAUGUUCUGGAUCAAAUUUCUAAUUACACGCAAAAUACCGCAGAUGUGGAUGAGUGUGAAUCGAACGCAGCAUCACCGCUCGGGCCGUGCAUUAAUGCUGAGGCAUGCGUCAAUAGUCCGGGCGCAUUCCGAUGCUUCUGUUUGGACGGCUGGACGGGCCCGACAUGCACUAAAGACAUUGACGACUGCAUAGGACAGUGCAAGAAUGAGGCAACCUGCAUUGAUUUGGUAAAUGACUACUACUGUGCUUGCGCGUUGGGAUACACAGGGCGAAACUGCGAAACGGAUAUUGACGAGUGUGCGAAUACACCGUGCAGGAACGCGGGAGAGUGCGUGGACAUGAUCGGGACCUUCAAGUGCAUCUGUCCUGUGGGAUUUUCAGGGACACUUUGUGAGGAAGCGAAGGACUACUGCACACCGUCGCCGUGCCUGGAGGGGCAGUGCCUCAACACGCCGGGCGGCUACUACUGUCACUGUCCGGCAGGACGCUCUGGGAGGCACUGCGAACUGCCGCGGGUCUCCUGCCAGAAUCCACCAUGUCAUGAUUCUAGCUGCUCGCCACCACUGACAAAUGCCACGGAAUUAUCAGUUCCCUGCAGCGGCAACGGUCAGUGUGAGACAUUCAUGAAUGGACUAUAUUGUGUGUGUCAACCUGGCUAUACGGGUCACUUCUGUGAGCACAACUUGAACGAGUGCACACCUAAUCCUUGCAACAACGGUGGGAUCUGUUUUGACGGAGUCGGAGACUUCACGUGCGAAUGUAUGCCCGGUUGGGCAGGUAAAACUUGCUCCGAGAGGAUAACUCAGUGUCUGCCAGGUCAAUGCCUAAAUGGAGGCACAUGCGUCAUUACACACUCCAACUCCCAGUGCUUAUGUGCCGGCGGCUGGGGAGGCGCCUUCUGCGCCGAUCCCCUGGAUCAGUGUCAGGGUCAGCCCUGUCACAACGGCGGCAUGUGUGAGUCCGGGCCGGGCUGGUUCAGAUGUGUUUGCGCGACAGGAUUCUCAGGCCCAGAUUGUCGCAUCAACGUGAACGAGUGCUCACCGCAGCCCUGCUUAGGCGGAGCGACGUGCCAAGAUGGAAUAGGCGGUUUCACAUGCAUCUGUCCACCAGGGAGACAAGGGAUUCGCUGUGAGAUAUUGCUCUCGGAUCCAUCUUCAGUGUGCUACAACUCAUCAACCCUUUCACCCUACAACCCCCUCAUCAUGAUCAACAGCUCUAAGCAAAUCGUCCUGGACGAGACCAAUUGCAACAGUUGCAUCUGCUACAAUGGGAAACCCAAAUGCACCAAUAUUUGGUGUGGUUUGCCCAAUUGUUCGCGCUCAACACGCGGAAAUGUGUCAAUGAGCUGCAACACGCAUGAAGUCUGUGUUCCUGCUCUCUUGGAAACAUGUCUCUCACCACCUUGCGAUCCGCGAGGCGACUGCAGAGCUCUUGAACCCUCGCGACGCGUAGCCCCACCAAAACUUCCCGCUCCGACGGAAUGCUGGCCCAACCAGGCUGUACUGGGCGAUCAGUGCUCUCGCAUCACCAUCCUGAUGGAUCCUAAGCACAUUCCACAGGGCACGACAGUUGAGGGUGUGUGCCUGCGCCUGCGAAGACUCUUGGGCGAGCGACUGAUCAAGAUACCCCAAUCGGACUCUGCAACAGCGUUCAUAGUUGUUCUCUGUGAUAUCAAGACUGGAAGCAACGAUACGAUAGAAAUGACCCUGUCGUCUCCUGGAAGUGGUUCUAUUGGCAGUGCUGCAAUAAGAGACGCAGUCAAGAUCCUAGGCGAAGUGCUCUCACGCCAGGGAAGCAAUUUGAGUGGCUCAAAUCCCGAGGCGGCUCCCUUCGUGGCGGUGGUGGAGGUGAAGGUGGAAACAGCCUUGGUGUCCAACGAGUCUGGCAAUUCCAACUAUCUAAUUGCUGUAGCCUGCGGAAGUGCGAUCGCAGCAUUGUGUAUAGGUGCCAUAGUUACACUUCUACUGAAGCAGCGGAUAUCUGGACAAACGGGCUCCGGAGUCAAUCUGUCCACCACCGUCGAUGUCAGUCGUCACGAAGAGGAGAAGUCCAACAAUUUGCAAAAUGAAGAAAACUUCCGCCGAUACGCCAAUCCGCUGAAAGGCAGUGCCAGUUCCCUGAGAGGUGCCAUGGAAUUGAGCCUGAAUCCAGCACCUGAAAUAGCGCCAGUAAGCAGUAUAGCCGGUCCAAGUGUCCUCCACAGAUCGCAACCUCUGUUCCCAUCGUGUGAUCCUGACUUCAGCGAGAAGGACUCUGACAAUCCGGCUGGGCACAGGGGAUCGCAGAAUCUCCUGUUCAAGGCCCAAAAUCCUGACGUUCAGAAGAACACAGUGGGAACCUUUGAGACGCCCCACAAGGAUUUCGGGAAAAGGGCCAUCAAUUGCCAAGCCCUGCCCACAACUAAUCUCCUGCCCGCCGAUUCAGAUGGGCUCACAGUUCACGUUUGAAAAAGA